UCGCCCAAGCGCAGGAUUCGAGCUCCCCCAAAGCAAUCCCCGGCCUGCAUCGUCUUCCUCUGCUCCUCCGUGGUACGGUUUGCUCUGCUUCCUUCCUCUUUCAGUUAAGUUGUCGCUGCUCUGGUUGCUGUUCUGGCCGCGGCUUGGGGUUUUUUUUUGGUUGUUUUGGAGGUGUUUGGGCCACUUUGGGCGGUCCAAUGUCCGGCGGCCGGCGGCUCUUCCGUGGGUCGGCUGCCGGAUUCGUGCCUUUCUCCCUCCUCCUUUCACCUCCCUUGGCUCCACCGGCAACUGCCGCCACCGUCGUGCCUUUCUUCCUCCCCUUCUCCUUUCUAUCUUCUCCCCUGCCCCUCAUUCAAACGCGCUUGCGGGCUGGGUGACCCGUGCGGAGAGCAGCAGCGGCCACAUUGAUAGGGGAGGAGAUCAAGGUUGCCGUCGAUGGGAAAUGAGGUGAUUGGGUCGACGAAUAGAAGGACGAAGUCUAGCCCGCCGGCCGGCAAAGAGGGCAGGCAGCAACGGGUUGCCGUCACGACGGUGCCACCGGUAUGUUGCGGAGUGAAUCUGCGCCACCCCUCCUCUCAGCGAAGCUGGAUGGCGCCGCGUGGAGAAGGCAACGUCCCCAUGUUGCUCGCCACCGCCCACGUGACGAACUCGCCGCGCGGACCUCUCCCCCACCAUGGUCGCAUGGUAGGGGGAUGUGCUUUUCUUUUCGAAAAGGGUCGGGAGAUGUCAGAUGUGCUAAGCUCAAGGUCAAGUCCAGCUGUCCUGCGCCAUUGGUUUCAGUCGCCCACAGGAUGUUCGAUGAAAUACUCACAAGGAAUUGACAGCAUUGAUCCUACUAACUACAAAAUGCAAAAGCAUGAAAUCGGGCGUGAUAGCUCGCCGGGCACCCAGUCCCUGUCAACCAUCAUCAGUCAUAACAGAUCUGUGCGUCUUAGAUUUCUCAAAGAAUUCAAUGAGUUGAAGUACGGGAGUGUCACUGAAGAUUACAAGGCAAUCAAUAGAAAGAGGCAUGAACUUAUCAGCACCCUUGAAAAGCUGCAACUUAUACCUAUCAAGUUGCCCUAUGCCAGUGUAGCUCUCAAGUCAUCAAAUGUGACAUUACAUGAUGAAGCACAAAGUGGGAACAAUAUUAGUUCUGAUAAUAUUAUCGAAUUGGAUCUGUACAAUGUUGGAGAUGAUACCCAUGCUACCAUGGACAAUACUGGGGCUCAGGAAACUGUUUGCUUACUUGAUUCUGAUGAUAACGACAUGGUUCAAUCCUUUGUAGAUGGAAAUUUAUCCGAUUCUAAGAAAAAUACUGAUUUUAUCCAAGAAUGCAUGCUGGCUGAGCAGCCUUGCCAAUACCAGGACAUCAGUUUUGAAGCUCAACUUGUAGUUGAGCCAGGAAAGGACAGCACGGACAUUGACAAUGAGCCCAAGGAAAUUGCUUUACUUGAUGGCCAUAGUACUUCAGAGCCACAACUGAUCAAGCAAGGACAGAAUGACAUAAACAUUUACGCCGAGAGUCGUGACAAGGAGAGAGAAACAAGGGAAGGAGAAGGUGAGGAUGUCCAAAGUAAACAACACAUGGAGAACAACAAUAUUUCUGUUGUAGAUUCUUGUGAAAUAUCUUGUGAGGUCAUACAAAGUGAUUCAACGGCAAAUGGACAUUAUAAUCACUAUGAUAACAAUGACAAUCCAGUUGAUGACCUGGAUGACCUUUGGAACGAAAUGUCUCUUGCAUUGGCAUGUUCAAAGACCAUUGGAAGCGAUCACAGUAUUGUUCCGUCGGAGAAGAAUAAUUCUGAAGUAGUGGAUGAUUGUCAUCACGACUUCCUGAUGAAAGAUGAUUUGGGCAUUGUAUGUCGUGUUUGUGGUUUGAUCCAGCAACGUAUCGAGAAUAUUUUUGAGAUAAACUGGAAAAAGCGUAAGCAAUCCCACAGAACUUAUGCGCCAGAACCCAGAAACUACAAUGAGCUGGAAGCAACUACCAGUCCUUCAGGAAAUAUUCUUCAAGUUGUCCCUGGUGCUCUCUCAAUCCACUCUCAGCAUUCAGAACAGAUGAAACCUCACCAAGUGGAAGGCUUUAAUUUCUUGGUCAAGAACCUGGCAGAUGAGAACAACCCUGGAGGUUGUAUUCUAGCACAUGCACCAGGUUCUGGAAAGACUUUUAUGCUAAUUAGCUUUGUUCAAAGCUUCCUGGCCAGAUACCCUGCAGGAAGGCCAUUGAUUAUCCUUCCAAAGGGCAUUCUGGCAACAUGGAGAACAGAAUUUGUCCAUUGGCAAAUUAAGGACAUGCCUAUACCCUUGUUUGACUUCUAUUCCUCCAAAGCUAAUAACCGGUCUGAACAACUCAAGGUUUUGAACUUGUGGGAAGAAAAGAGAAGCAUAUUGCUGCUAGGGUAUCAUCAAUUUGCAUGCAUAGUAUCUGAUAGGAAUACUUAUAAAAUAGAAGCUGUCAUGUGCCGAGAUAAGUUGUUGAAGGUCCCAAGCCUUGUCAUUCUAGAUGAAGGCCACACUCCGAGAAAUGAGCAAACUGACUUACUCACUGCACUUGGAAGUAUAAGAACUCCUAGAAAAGUGGUUCUCUCAGGAACCUUGUUUCAGAAUCAUGUAAGAGAGGUUUUCAACAUUCUGAACCUUGUGCGGCCAAAAUUCCUGAAGAUGGAGAAACCUCGUGCAAUAGUGAAGCGCAUACUAAGCAAGGUUGACAUGUUGGGGAAGAGUGCACGGUCAAAGUACACUUCAGAUAAGUACUUCUAUGAUGUGGUUGAAGGAAACCUUACAAAGGACGCAGAUGAUAAAAUGAGAGUAAUGAUCAUCCAUAAUCUACGCGAGCUAACCGCGAAUGUGCUGCACUAUUAUAAAGGUGAGCUUUUGGAUGAAUUACCCGGACUUGUGGACUUCACCGUUUUUCUGAAUAUGAGUACCGAGCAGGAAAAGAUCCUUAGGAGUUUGGUAAGACUAGAUAAUUUUAGCAGGAAAACAGCAUGCAGCGCUGUUUAUCUUCAUCCGUGCUUAAAGAAUAUUCAAAACGUUGAAGGGAAAAAUCGAGAUAUUGCUGUUCAGAAGAUUGAUUCCAUCAUAAAAAGUGGAAUUGAUAUCAAGGUUGGGGCAAAGGCAAAGUUUAUAUACAAUUUGUUGUGUCUUUCAGAGGCUGCAGGAGAGAAGGUACUCGUGUUCAGCCGGUAUCUGAACCCUCUGGUUUUCUUGGAAAUGCUGCUCAUAAGAAUGAAAGGAUGGAAACCAGAGGUUCACAUGUUUAAAUUAAAUGGUAAAUCAACACAAGAGCAGCGAGACAAGGCGGUUGAGAGAUUCAACCACUCAACGGAUGCUAAAGUUUUGUUUGGUUCCAUCAAGGCAUGCGGCGAGGGCAUCUCCCUUGUUGGCGCAUCACGCGUUGUCAUUCUGGAGGUCCAGGAAAAUCCUUCCGUGACGCGGCAGGCAAUCGGACGGGCAUUCAGACCAGGGCAGUCCAGAUUGGUGCAUUGCUACCGCCUUGUUGCCGCCGACUCCCCAGAAGAGGAGGACCACAAGACAGCCUCCGGAAAAGAAUGGAAGUCCAAGAUGUGGUUCGAAUGGAACGAGCUUUGCAGCAACGAUGAUUUUGAGCUUGCCGCUGUGGAUAUUUCAGAGAGCAGGGACAGGUUUCUCGAACACGAGGCACUGCGACAAGAUGUCAAAUCUCUGUACAGAAGGUGAACAACAGAGGCAAGCGCUAACCAGUGAGAAAGAAAGAGGAAGAAUAAUCUAGGUAGGAACUGAAGUGGCUUCUUUGCAGUAUUUUGUCUGAUCGUCUGAAGUGUGGUAGUAUGAGGAGAUAUAACAACCAUUUGCACUCUCAAAUGUUAAAAGUGUAUAUUUGUUGACAUUUUCUGUCUCCAUUAAAAUGAUGAUAGAUUUCUGGAGUCGUGGUAAUAUGGUACUGCUAAUGACUAUUCCGAUGCAAGUUAUCUAGGUUUCAGUUCAACUUUUGCUGUCAUGUGAGUCGAACCAAUUGUGUGGUGUUCUCUGUCCGCUGAACAAGUUUUCAACUGUAUAAGAAUUGUUACUCUUAACCUUACUGUCA